CUGGAGGAAACGGCAGCUUCGGAGGGCAGACUGAAUAGCUCUCCCCCUCAAUUCCAUCUUCCUCUGGCUGGCACCCCCAACCCUGACUGGAUCAUAUACGCUUGGUUUCCUUUGCUGCUGCUGCUCCCUGGGCCCAACUCACCUCAGCCUGAGUUUCUUUUGCUCCAGCUGCCUCUGAAUAUAUUAUCCUUGCAGCUACCCAUCUCUUCUCACAAAACAGUCCUCUUAAAUUCUCCUUCUUGUACAAGGUAGGAGCGCAGCUGCGGGUGUAGAGAAAGCCAGGUCUGUGCUGCCUAAAAGAGUCCAAGAGCUGUUGAGUUGACGACUGCCAAUGGCUGCAGAAAAUCACAGGAAUAGGACAGUCCUAAAGGAAGUGUGGAGGAGAGAAGAAAAUGCCUUCUGUGCCGAUUGUGGAAAACCCAACCCUGACUGGGCCUCCUACACUUUGGGUGUCUUCAUCUGCUUAGACUGUUCAGGGAUUCAUCGCAAUAUCCUUGGGGUCAGCGAAAUUAAAUCGCUAAGGAUGGACCAUUGGGAUGAAGCUCAGGUACAGUUUUUGGCCCAGCAUGGGAAUGCAGUGGCCAAAGCCACAUAUGAAGCCCACGUUCCUAUUUACUAUUAUCGUCCGGUGCACACUGACUGCCUACUCCUAAGAGAACAAUGGAUAGAAGCCAAAUACAAACGGAAGGAAUUCAUGAAGCCAGGAAAACAGCUGCCAUAUUCCAAAGGUCUGAAGGAAGGGAUCCUGUGGAAAAGAGGCCGGGACAAUGGGCAGUAUUUUCCACGUAGGUUUCUCUUGUCUGAGAGAGAAGGGUGUCUCAAGUAUUUCACCAAACAGGAUGCCAAAGAACCAAAAAUAAUUAUUAAAAUCGACGCUAUCAAUGCCACAUUCCAGCCAGAGAAGAUUGGGCACCCAAAUGGCCUUCAGAUCACCUAUCUUAAAGAUAACAAGACUCGCAACAUUUUCCUCUACCAUGAGGAUGGAAAGGAAAUAGUGGAUUGGUUCAAUGCAAUCCGUGCAGUGAAGUUUCACUAUUUGAAGGUGGCCUUUCCUGUUGCCAGUGAUAAAGAGCUCAAGAGCCGGUUGACACGGAAUUUCCUGAAAGAAGGCUAUAUGGAGAAGACUGGGCCCAGGCAAAAGGAGCCUUUCAAGAAACGCUGGUUCACGCUGGACCAUCGCAGAUUGAUGUACUUCAGGGAUCCCUUGGAUGCUUUUGCUAAAGGCGAGGUGUUUGUGGGCAGUGGAGAAAAUGGGUACAGUGUCAAGCAAGGGCUGCCGGCUGAUGUUCAGGGAAACUUUACUUGGCAAUACGUCAUUACCAUCAUCACCCCCGACCGUGAUUACCUUUUUACCUGCGAGACGGAGAGAGAUCAGCAGGAGUGGAUUGCAGCCUUCAGCCAUGUUAUAGAGCAGCCCAUGACGCCUCAGGAGUAUGCAAUUGAAGCGUAUUUCAAGCUCAAGCCCUGAUGUUCAUGAAGACAGAACUCAACUGCUAUCCUACUUCCUUUCCUUUCUUUGGGAGGCCUGGAGGGAAUAAGACUUCUGCCUGAUAAGCUGCUAUAUGGUAUUCCGCUGCCUCAAAUAUAUGAACCCGCUGCCUCAAAUAUAUGAACCACAUCUCUUCAGAGUAGACUGCAUUUCCCUUUUAAACAUUCCUCUUUGCUGGAGGAUGCAUUAAAAUGAAUCACAUCGAGCCCCAUGCUGUUCAGAAAUGCACAUUCCAAAUGGACAGCAGAGGGUUGUGCCAGCAUCUCAGGCUUUGGCUCCACAAGGAAAAGAGAUUCAAAGAUGGGAGGCACAGAAGCUGAUCUGGAUUUACUGAUGCAGGACAUUGUGCUGCCACAUCACAGGCCUGCUUCCUAUUGGCCACUGUAUGUAGGUGCCUUCCUGAAUGGCUCAUUACUGCUUGCUACUGAUUGGCUGCAGUGCUGGCUACUAUUAAAGGUACCAGAAGAAAGAUG